CCUUCCCUCCCCUCUCCCGCUGCCGGAGCUGGGGCCCCGAGAAUGGCAGCGUUAGGAGAACCAAGUAAGUUUUCACAAACGCUGAACGGGAUUCCGUCUUCAAACACAGUCAGCAGUGGAAUGGACCCCUUCCAUGCUUGCAGUAUUCUUCAACAGCUGAAAACCAUGUACGAUGAAGGGCAGCUGACGGAUAUUGUAGUGGAAGUGGAUCAYGGGAAAACCUUCUCCUGUCAUAGGAAUGUUCUUGCUGCAAUCAGUCCUUAUUUCAGAUCUAUGUUCACUAGCGGCCUUACGGAGAGUACCCAGAAAGAAGUUCGCAUAGUUGGUGUUGAAGCAGAGUCAAUGCAUUUAGUAUUGAACUAUGCAUAUACCUCCAGGGUAAUGCUGACAGAGGCCAACGUUCAAGCUUUGUUCACUGCAGCUAGUAUCUUCCAGAUUCCUUCCAUACAAGACCAGUGUGCUAAAUAUAUGAUCAGCCAUUUGGACCCGCAGAACUCCAUUGGGGUGUUUAUCUUUGCUGAUCACUAUGGUCAUCAGGAGCUCAAAGAAAGGUCCCAAGACUACAUUCGUAAAAAGUUCCUGAGUGUCACCAAAGAGCAAGAGUUUCUUCAGCUGAGAAAAGACCAACUCAUAAGUAUACUCAACAGCGAUGACUUAAACGUAGACAAGGAAGAGCAUGUUUAUGACAGCAUUAUAAGGUGGUUUGAGCAUGAACAAAAUAAGAGAGAAGUGCACCUUCCAGAAAUAUUUGCCAAAUGCAUCCGUAUGCCUCUGUUGGAAGAGACAUUUUUAGAGAAAAUCCCUCCCAUGUUUGCACAGGCGAUGGCCAAAAGCUGUGUACAAAAGGGACAACGUAGUGCCAAUGGCUAUACUCAACGGCUUGGAAUGACUGCUUCUGAAAUGAUCAUAUGCUUUGAUGCUGCCCACAAACACUCAGGAAAGAAGCAAACAGUGCCUUGUUUAGAUUCGGUCACAGGGAGAGUGUUUAAACUAUGCAAGCCACCAAAUGACUUGAGGGAGGUUGGAAUUCUUGUAUCUCCUGAUAAUGAUAUUUACAUUGCGGGUGGUUACAGGCCAAGCAGCAGCGAGGUCUCCAUUGACCACAGAGCAGAGAGUGAUUUUUGGAUGUACGAUCACUCGAGCAAUAGGUGGAUUCCAAAAGCUCCUUUGCUGCGAGCCAGAAUAGGCUGCAAAUUGGUUCAUUGCUGUGGUAAACUGUAUGCAAUAGGUGGGCGUGUUUAUGAAGGAGAUGGGCGAAACUCCCUCAAGUCUGUGGAGUGCUAUGACAGCCGAGAGAACUGCUGGACAGCUGUGUGCCCAAUGCCCGUGGCGAUGGAGUUUCACAGUGCUGUGGAAUAUAAGGAUAACAUCUAUGUUUUACAGGGGGAAUUCUUUCUCUGCUACGAUCCUCAGAAAGAUUACUGGGGAUUUUUGACCCCAAUGACUGUGCCUAGGAUCCAAGGCUUGGCUACUGUAUAUAAUGACUCCAUCUACUACAUAGCUGGAACCUGUGGAAACCAUCAACGUAUGUUUACCAUAGAGGCCUAUGACAUUGAGCAAAACAAAUGGACUCGAAAAAAAGACUUCCCAUGUGACCAAUCCAUUAAUCCGUAUAUAAAACUUGUCCUCCUCAAAAACAAACUCCAUCUGUUUGUCAGAGCUACUCAAGUCACUGUUGAAGAACAUGUUUUCCGAACCAGCAGGAAGAAUUCGCUCUAUCAGUACGAUGAGGUUACUGACCAGUGGCAAAAAGUGUAUGAGACUCCGGAUAGACUCUGGGAUUUGGGCCGGCAUUUUGAAUGUGUUGUUGCUAAAUUGUAUCCGCAGUGUCUUCAGAAAGUUAUUUAACUUUUUUUUUUUCAGUAACAAGCCUUAGUGAUUUCAGUGGUAAUAUGAUGCUAGAGAAAACAUGUCUUAAAAGAAAACAAAGAAAUUCUGUCAGUAUUUAUUGUAAGCUGAAACAGGCAGUUUUUUGUAUAUGGGGAUGGGUGCUCUUCAAAGGUUGCAGUCUGGGAGGGAAUUACUGAUUCAGUUUCCUAUUUACUGAUAUUUUUCCUGGGAAAUGAGAAGGAGGUUACAAAGUGCAAUUAUCAGCAUUUUUUUUUCUGGUAAACACUUAAUCAUGUCAUACUAGAGCAAUGUUUUUGUGGUAAGAACAAAUUAAGUGGAGGAGCCAGGAUAACUAUGCACUACAGGGAAAGAAAAUCUAGCAUUAAUAGCUAGGGAUGUCCAAGCUGUUUUGAAGUGACUUUUUUCCUCUUUUUUUUUUUUUCCCU